AGGAUAGGAUUCCUAUGCUGAUAUCCUCAUUCCAAUUGGAACAAAUUAUGGAACCUAAUGACCCUUUAGCUUUAAUUUGGACUGCUCGGGCAUAUAUUCAUUUUACUCUCUCUCUGUGGCACUCUCUCUUUCCCAAACACAGACAAGAGCAGUUAUUUCCAAUAUAUCCUCUUUUGGUGCACCUUCUUGUUGACUGAAGAAGCCUUUCUCUCGCACAGAGGAAGAAAAAAGCUGUUAGUACCUUAAUUUCUAAGCAACUAAAAAAGUGGAGAAUGAAAGAUUGGGCAGCUCCCAUCAUAGCAGUGGCUCUGUUUGCAUUUCUCACACCAGGAGUGCUCUUCCAGUUACCUGGGAAGCAUAAGCCCUUUGAAGUUGUUAAUAUGAAGACUAGCCUCAUCUCCAUUUUAGUUCACGCCAUCAUCUAUGGUUUGCUCCUUAUUCUGUUCCUAGUUAUUCUUCAUGUACACAUCUAUAUUUAAUGUGUCUGGAUACUAGAAUUUCAGAAAGAAGCCACUCAUAGUAUCUCUAUCUCUCUCUCUCUCUCUCACUUCACUCUAAUUGAAAAAUAAGUCUUUCAUUUCUUUUACUCGUGUUUCCUCUCAUCGUUUUUGUCUCUCCAUUUUUCUUUUCUUCAUAUUAGCUGCAACAGAUGCUUCCAUUGUUGCAGCUUCAACUGUUCACAGAGAGCUGUAUAUAUAUUUGGGGAUCAUCUUCUAAAUCAAUUUAGCUAAGAUAAUAGGACUGAAAUGCCCCUCAAAUCCUAAUUCUACUUGCAUAUCAUACAAGAGAACAUUUUUAUCCCAGCUGUGUAUCAAUCCGAGAAGGCAAGAAGCCAAGAAUGCUGCAACAGUAGAACUUGAAGAUGUGAGAGAGAGAGAGAGACAGUUUGUGUGCAGGAAUGUGAAUAUGUAGUACUACUAUCUAUGGCCCCUUCCCAGAGCUGACUGAUUUCAUUCACCAGCA